UUCUGCAUAUAUUUCUUAGAUUUUUCUUGUCUUGGAUAUUAAUAUUUAAGGUCCUGCACAUAUUUUUCGUCUCCUGCAUAUAAUUUUAAUGUCCUGCAUGUAUUUUUCUUGUCCUGAAUAUAAAUCUAAAGUCCUGCAUGCACUUCUCAUGUUCUGCAUAUAUUUCUUUUGUUCUGCAUAAAUAUUUCAUGUCCUGAACAUAUUUCUCAAAAUGUCCUGAAUAAAUUCCCUUUUGGCUUGCCAUAUAUGACCUUCUUUUCAAGGUCACAUAGGUCAAAUGGCGUAAGUUGGCUGUUACCAUGGAACGUUUCUUUAACCACAAUGACCAGUGAUCUCAAAUUCAGUCCACAUGUAGCCAAUAGGUCAGGUGAUCUCAGGGGCCGAUGUUGGGUCCGAUCUGCUUCACCGUUUCAAGAAGUAACAUUUGAAGAUGAGGUAGAGGAUGAUGUCGAUAAUCAGACUGAUGAGGACGAUAAUGAUGAAGGUGAAGAUGAAGGUGGUCAUGAUUAUGAUCAGGAUGAGUCUGAUGUUGGUGUUGCCGAGGCGGAUGCAGUUCCAAGUUCUAGUUCCAAGACUUUGAAGACAAAGAAAACAAAGAAGAAAAAGGAAGCGCCCCACACAUCAAAGAAAGCUCCAUGGACUGAUGAGCAAAGGGAAGCAGUCCUAAGGCACUUCCAGCGUCACAUAGCUCUUAAAAAGUGCCCAGGAAAGAAAGAUGUAGACGAUUGUAAAAAAGAGGAGCCAUGUGUUAAAGAUAGGGAUUGGAGGAACAUCAAAGAUUUUGUGAGACAUCAAAUUGUGAAAGCCAAAAAAAGGCAGGCUGAUCAGUAUAAAAAGUUCAAGUAAAAUUUAUUGUAAGAAGAUGUUUUGAGAAUACCGUUACCGUCACAUGGGAUGACUUUGAACAGCGGGGCGACUUUGAAACCCCCCAGAAAUGAUUCUUGUGACGAGAAACAUCUACAGCUGGGUGUUCAAAGUUACCCCACUGUUCAAAGUCACCCCGUGUGACGGUACUUGGGUUCUGUAUGUCAUGUGCAUGUAUGUCGACUAAAGUUUGUGCAGCCAAACUGCCAAUAGGCAAAAACAUUGAGUCGGUGGCUGAUGUGAUUAUUUUCUCGAGCUAAACUUUCUCCAUAAAUAUGAUAAAUAGAUAUCCUGAACAUCAGGGGUUUUGUAUUGCACUCAUACCUCCCUUAGCUCUAUCCCUGAGUUUGAAGGGGGUCACCUAUUUGUCACAAUUUUUCACCGUCGGGUUUACGGCAGCCAAUCAGGCUUCAUGUGUAAUAUGGUACCCCUGAUGUCCAGGGUGUAAAUAGAGGGCCUGUGACUGAAGGCUAGCAAAGAACAGCAAAAAUCUGUGGAACGAUGCAUUGGUCAUUAUCAUCGUCUCUAUAACCAAUAUAUUCAGUUAAUCGCAUUGAUGAGACUUUUUUGCCAUUUUCAGAGUGGACAAUUUUUGCAAAAAUGUCAUGUCAUCAAUCAUUGUUUAAGUCAAAUGGUUGGCGCAGUGUGCAUUUGCACCAAUUUACAUGUACUUAGUAUAUCGGUGCAAAAUGUACACAUAACUGUAUCAUCUCCUUUUGCAAUGUAUCAUGUGUGUAUGCUUGCAAUUGAAUUCAAGUUGGGACCACCUUGCUCAUUGGGAGGUGCCCGUUUGAAACCUGGAAGGAAUGUCUGGACAUUGCAUGUCCCUAUUAUCAAUAGUGUAGAUGAAGAGUCCCUGUUUGGUCAGUAAAAGACAAAUCUCCCAAUAUUUUGGUGUUUUGUGAUAUCCUCUUCCUAAAUCAUCUUUUGACUAGGACUUAAUAGCCUGACUUUCUUACUUUGGAAACUUAAUGAUAACUUUAGGUGUUUAGGCACGUGACCAAUACUAUUUUGGGCACCAUAUUAGAAAUCAUGUAAAAUCAGGUGCCUGACAUACAAGGUUUGAGCCCAAGUUUAAGUCAUGAACUUGAGUGAGUGAAUAAUUCCACAGUCCAAAUAACUAAAUACUUUGUAGAGGGCUCAUGGUUUAUAGCGGGUCAUUGCGCUUUCAGUGUCACUCAUAUUGUGGCGCUUUGAAUCACUUCAGAGUGUAGUGUGACGCUACCAAAAUGUAUGCCCUAUAACCAAAGCGAAUUCCGCUAUUCAAUAUCAGAAAAACGGUUUGAUAGGGCUUUUAGUGUGAACACAAUGUAUCUCAGGCUACUGAGUAACAAUUAGUGGGAGCAAACAAAAUCGUGUUUCUAUGGUUACUUAGACAGUCUGGCACCCAAUAUAACAAAAGUUAUAUGCAAUGGGGAAAUAUAAAAUGUGUAAAGUUGAUGUACUCGGAUAAAAAUCACUAGUACUUGUGGCAAGUGUUUGUGGCUAGAUGACAUUGAUGAUAUUAUGUAGAGAAACAUUGCAUACUACAGUGUGGUGAAAAAGCUCAAACCCACACUGUGGAACAAAUUGUAUAGGUAUUUGCUGAAUUGUUGUAUACUUUGAUUAAUUGUUCAUGCAAAGUCAAUAUCAUGGCCUAAAUGCCUUAACAUUAGACUUACAGUCGGCUUAUAUCUGUGAAAUAAGGCUGUUGCAUUAGGGUCGGUAACAAGCAGAGGAGAGGAGUGGUUUCAUAUUUUCAGUGUCUGUAGUACCGUCACACAAGGUGACUUUGAACAGUGGGGUAACUUUGAACACCCGGCUGUAGAUGUUUCUCGUCACAACAAUCAUUUCUGGGGGGUGUUCAAAGUCACCCUGCUGUUUAAAGUCACCCUAUGUGAUGGUACUGAUGAUCUUCAACUCGGGCUCCAGCUAUUGUGCAGUGGCAUGCAGUUAUGUUCAUCAGUAAGCCUGAUGUAACCUUGUGAAAAAAAGUCCUAAUUAAAUUACUUAGUGAAGUUUGAAGUAUUUUUUACUAAAACUAUUAUACCAUUCACUGUAAAUGAUAGUGGCUCAGGAAAGUAAUUAUCGGACCGGCUAUUGGCGAUAUAUAGUACUUAGAGGGUGCCUAUUGUGUUGUGUAUGCCUGCGUACAGGAUGUGGUGUCCUAAAAAUCACUAAAAGGUGUGUACUUUAUCAAACUAUGCUCCUAGACAAGGCUCAAGAAAGAGCUUAGUUUUUAUUUGGGCAGGACUGUAACUCCUAAUUAUUGAGGCAAAUGACUUCGCA